AGGUCAACAGAACAACAAACAAAAUGGCGGAGGCAGAGCUGAAAGUUCAGGAGGUGUUUGCGGGGAAGGGGGGACCUCCGUUCCUGACAGGGCUCCGGAGGAUGUUUUACCUCGUCACUCCCAACGAAACGUCUUUCCAAACGUUGGAGGAGGUUCCGAAAUACGUGCAGCAGGCUGCCCCGUGUUUUUUCGGUAUGAUCCUGCUGGAGUUGUUGGUUGCUUCCCUGAAGAACAGACGCUCCCCCACCCGCCUGAACGACUCCAUCAGCUCCAUGUCUGCAGGAAUGAUGUCAGAAAUGACAAACUUGGCAUUUUCCAUGGGUAUCUACAUGACUGCGUAUGUGUGGGUACAUGAGAACUACCGGCUGGUGGAUCUACCCUGGGACUCCCCCCUCACAUGGUGGGCAGCCUUCAUAGGGGUAGAGUUCUCCUACUACUGGCUGCACAGGAUGUCACAUGAAGCAAACAUCCUGUGGGCGUCACACCAGGUCCAUCACAGCUCAGAAGACUACAACCUCACCACGGCUCUGAGACAGUCUUCUACUCAGAAACUUGGAACAUUCUUUUUGUUCCAGCUCCCGAUGGCUUUGUUGGUUCCUCCGGCUGCAUUCUGGGUUCACAGAGAGUUUAACCUGUUAUAUCAGUUCUGGAUUCACACUGAGCUUGUGACGUCCCUAGGACCCUUGGAGUAUGUCCUGAACACCCCCAGUCACCACAGGGUUCACCAUGGAAGGAAUCCCUACUGUAUUGACAAGAACUAUGGCGGCACACUCAUUAUCUUUGACAGGAUGUUUGGUACGUUUGCUAAGGAGGAAGAAAAGGUAGUCUAUGGCCUGACACACCCACUCAACACAUGGGACCCCAUCUGGGUGCAGGUCUGUCACUAUACACACAUCUGGAGGACAUUCUGGGUGACUCCAGGCUUGGCUAACAAACUGUCUGUCCUGUGGAAGGGACCAGGCUGGGAGCCGGGGAAACCUCGGCUGGGGUGCAUCGAAGACAUUCCUAAGGUGAAGUACCCAGAGCCUAAGUACGACACUAAGGUGCCUGCCCUGUGGUCCGUCUACGUUGCUGUGCAUUUUUUCCUGGCCUUGGUUUUGUACCAGGAACUAUUUGCUGUGGUUAAGGUCCUGACUACAGCUGCCAUGCUGGGAAGGGUCAUGUUUGUGGUCUGGACUCUGGUGUCAGUAGCUGCCAUCAUGGACAGGAAACCCAGUGCACCAGUAGUAGACUUCACGCGCUGCCUGAUGUUUGUUCUUGUUGUCAUGACGACCAGCCUGUCGGGAUCGCCCGCCGUCAUGCUCCCCUCCCCACUGCUGAAUGCCAUGGUAGCCUGGUACCUUCUCUCCGCUGCCAUCUGGGGUGGCAACUAUCUGGUUCCAGCCUUUAAGGCUAAAGCAGUUAAGGCGGACUAA